UUAAAGAUGAAAGUAAAACCAGCUAAUUUUUCUGGACCACCACAUUUUGAAAGAAUGAAGGGAAAGUGUUUCUCUAAUAUUUUGGAUGAAUAUAAGUACGAAUUCUGUCCUUUUUCCAAUAUAACUCAAUUUGAACAGAGUAUGAGAUGGAAUCCAUACAGUGGAAUAUUAGGGGUGUGGCAAGAGUGGGAGAUAGAAAAUAAUACAUUUGUUGCUAUGCUAAUGAAGAAUGGAGAUGGUUGUAAUGAUAGAAAUAGAGAAGUCAAGAUAUAUUUUAAAUGUGGUAGAAAGACUGAAAUAUUAAAUGUAACAGAACCAUCUACUUGUUGGUACCACAUGAUACUACAAACUCCUCUAGUUUGUCCUACUGAUGCCAUGUUAGUCUAUCCUGUAAUGUCUAAAGAACACCAGUUAGAAUGGGAUGAUAUAGAAACUAAGUUAUUUCACCAGGAGAUCACCAAUAAGGGUUACAAGAAGAAACUAAACCAACUGUUUGAGAAAGCAGGGUUUUAUUUAAGUGAAGAAAAGAAAAAG